AUGUCAAAGCAAGGACGCGGAGGAUCGGCGGGUAACAAGUUCAGGAUGUCUCUGGGUCUUCCAGUGGUUGCGACGGUGAAUUGCACCGACAACACAUGGGUAAAGAACCUUUACAUCAUUUCAGUGAAGGGAAUGAAGGGUAGGCUCAACCGUCUCCCUUCUGAUUGCGUCGGUGACAUGGUUAUGGCCACCGUCAAGAAGGGUAAGCCCGAUCUCAGUCAGAAAGAAGGUCAUGCCCGCAGUCAUUGUCCGCUAGCGCAAGCCAUGGCGCCGAAAGGACGGUGUCUACAUGUACUUUGA